CAAAGAGAGGCAUUGUUAUGGAGGGAGGGAGGUAGGUUUUGAUCGAGAGAGAGAGAAGAGAGAAUAGAGAAGAGAGAAGAGAGAGAUUCCAAUCUCCUUCAAGAUCAUCAAGAGAGGGAAAGGGAUAGAAAAGGGUCCUCUCGAGGUUUCGAUUCCAGUAAGCCCUCCUCCGUCUCGUCUCUUUCGAUCGUCCGCUUGCUUGCUUUCCUUGUUUGUUUUCUCAAGAGACGAGACAGAAAGGUAAAAGGAGGGAAGAAACCCUUGUUCUUCGCCUGGAUUCUCAAAGAAACUCAAACUGAAAUGGAUGGAGAAGUGGCUGCUGUCUCAAGAUAUUGGUGUCACAGAUGUGUACAGCCUAUAGACCCAGUCAGGAUUGAAGCUGAGAUUGUUGAGUGCCCAUUGUGCCAUGAGGGAUUUCUAGAAGAUAUACCCUCCUCAGGCUUAAGCUUGGGAGUUGUAGUAGAGAAUACUGAAGAUUUUGGACAUUUCUCGGAUUCCUUAGCUGGAGGAGGAUCUCAAUCUGAUCGACGACCUAUCCCCCUUUGGGAUCCGAUCUUGCUAGGCAUGAUGAGCAAUCCUGGGCGACGUAGCAGGAGGUUCAGACCAAGAAUAGAUGCUGAGGACUAUGAUGAAGCUGAAGGAGGCUACCAAGAGAAUGAGAUCUAUAGAGAAAUUGAAUUGCUCCGCCGAAGGAGAAGGAGGUACACUGCUACUAUUCUCCAAAUCCUUCAUCGUAUUCGAGCGCGGAUUUUAUCAGAACCAGACGACGAAAACAACAGGAAUCUGAUGUUGGAUUUGAAUAUUAGGGAAAGGGAAGUUGUUGCUGCUGCUGAAAGUGAAGAGAAUUCAAUUUUGAUCAAUCCGUUCGACCACUCGAUCAUAGUAAACGGUUCUUUGGAUUCAGAUACUUCUUUCAAUUCAGGAUCAUUGGGCGAUUACUUUGUAGGACCAGGCUUAGACUUGUUACUUCAACACUUAUCCGAAAAUGACCCGAAUCGAUAUGGAACUCCACCAGCUCAAAAAGAGGUGGUGGAAUCGAUGCCAACAGUUAAGAUCGAAGAAUGUCUUCAGUGUUGCAUUUGUUUGGAUGAUUUUGAAGUCGGAAAAGAAGAAGCAAAGGAAAUGCCAUGUAAGCAUAAAUUCCAUGGCGAGUGUAUUCUCCCUUGGCUGAAACUUCACAGCACUUGUCCAGUUUGUAGGUAUCAGCUUCCUUUCGAAGAACCGAAACUCGAUAGAGGUGCUGACAUCAGCCGUGGAUACACAAUGCCUGUACGUUGGCCUUCGUCUUCUUCAUCAGCACCUGGAAGUGCUUCUCGAACUCGUAAUGAGAAUGGAAGUGCUUCUCGAACUCGUAAUGAGAAUUGAUUAUGUUUGUUUAACGACGUUUUAUGCCCUAAAUCUUGUACUUUUUUCCUUCCACAUUUCCUUUUGGGAGACAGAUCCUUAGUGUACAUAUCAUGUUUGGCAUUCAGAAUCUUGCAAGACAGGUGUUUUGUUGUUCUUUUUAUCUAUGGCUGGAUUUCCCCUCUUGAGAAAAUAUUUGUUCAU